CACAUCGUUUUCUCUAAUCGAUAUACGAGCAUAUCGAUACGAUAACAACAACCCUAAUUCGUUUUGUGCAGCGUGUGCGUGUGAGAUUUUCCGUAACACUCAACCAACAACACAUAUUAAAAUCUAGCGCAACACUUGGCGUGCACUUCCCCCCACACACAAAACACACACACAUAGCUCUAAAUAACUCCCGCAACAAACAACCACACAAACCAAGAUGUUCAUCUGGGACUGGUUCACCGGUGUUUUAGGAUACUUAGGUCUGUGGAAAAAGUCUGGCAAAUUAUUGUUCCUUGGCUUGGAUAAUGCUGGUAAAACCACAUUAUUGCAUAUGCUCAAAGAUGAUAAGCUCGCGCAGCAUGUUCCAACAUUACAUCCAACAUCUGAGGAGCUGUCUAUUGGCAAUAUGCGUUUCACUACAUUCGAUUUGGGUGGCCACACUCAAGCACGUCGAGUUUGGAAAGACUAUUUCCCCGCCGUGGAUGCCAUUGUCUUUUUAAUAGACGCCUGGGACCGUGGCCGCUUCCAGGAAAGCAAAAACGAACUGGAUUCGCUGCUCACAGAUGAGGCGCUCUCCAAUUGUCCCGUUCUCAUAUUGGGCAACAAAAUCGAUAAGCCCGGCGCAGCCAGCGAAGAUGAGCUGAGAAAUGUGUUUGGAUUGUAUCAGUUAACAACCGGCAAGGGUAAAGUUGCACGCGCCGAUUUGCCAGGCCGCCCAUUGGAAUUGUUUAUGUGUUCCGUAUUGAAGCGACAGGGUUAUGGUGAGGGUUUCCGUUGGUUAGCGCAGUAUAUUGAUUAAGUCAUAACAACAAAAAAAAACAAAACAAAAAAACAUCAACAACCACAAAAAAUCUUGGAUGGACAAACAAAUCAACAAAUUCAGACGAUAAAACCCGACUUCUAAAGCAAAACACGAAGCUACGUGCGCAAUUUCUAAUUUAUACACAAUUUAAAAAAUAUACAAUAAUAAACAAGAAAAAAAUUGCAAAAAAAAUAUAAAAUAUUUUUUACAAAACAGCAACAACAAAAGAAAGUUCAAACGGUCGCAGCAUAAAAUAAUUUAAAGAAAAAGGAUAAUUAGCAAGUGAAACACUUUUUUAAUAUAAUUAUUAUAAAACAAAUUGUAGCAAAUUAAAGGUUAUUUGAUUUAAGAGCAAGUGCUAGCAGCGACGCUGUUCCAUAAAUAAAUUUUAGCUACUUUUAUUUGAUUUAAUCCAAAA